UCUUUAAUCCUCUUUCUCUCUCUUUCUCCCUUAUUCCCAAAUUUUAAAUAAUAAUAAUAUCACAAGAAAUUAAAUUACAUAUUUAUUUUGAUCAACAAGAAGCUUUAAUUUAAGGAAAUCAUCAUCAAGAAAUGGAAGUAAAUAUGAGAACAUCAAACAAUAAUAAGUCUUCUAACUCUCAAAGUAGUGAAGAUGAAUCCGAUCUCCGACGAGGUCCAUGGACCGUCGAGGAAGAUCUUACACUUAUCAAUUACAUUGCCACUCAUGGGGAAGGCCGUUGGAAUUCGUUGGCUCGAUGUGCAGGCCUUAAACGAACCGGAAAAAGUUGUAGAUUGAGAUGGUUAAAUUAUUUACGUCCUGAUGUUCGUCGUGGAAAUAUUACUCUUGAAGAACAAUUAUUGAUCCUUGAACUCCAUUCUCGUUGGGGCAAUCGGUGGUCGAAAAUAGCACAAUAUUUACCGGGAAGAACAGACAAUGAGAUUAAGAACUAUUGGAGAACAAGAGUACAAAAGCAUGCUAAACAACUAAAAUGUGACGUGAAUAGCAAGCAAUUCAAGGACACAAUGAGAUAUCUAUGGAUGCCUAGGCUUGUCGAAAGAAUUCAAGCCGCCAACGCCGGCCACCCAACCGCCACGGCUACAACAUCCGGUGGCUCGACAAGCACCACAACCACAACCACAACCGCAACCCCAGGUCAUCAUGCCAUGACAUAUUCUGAUAAUUUCAUCCAUGCACAAGUAAAUUCCAAUUUUACUCCUGAAAAUUCAGCUAAUUCUUCUGAUUCCUUUGGUACACAAAUAUCAGAUUUUGAUUAUUAUGGAAUUCCAAUUAAUAAUAAUCAAGAUUAUAUUCAAGGUGAUCAAGUUUAUUAUGGGGGUGAAAACCCAUUAAGUAGUCCUAAUUGUGGUUAUAUUAAUAAUCAAGGGAUGGAUUAUCAAGGUAUUGAUGCUAAUUAUAACACCCAAGAACAACAACAAUGGCCUUUUGGUGUUGGAGAUACAAAUGAUAGUUUGUGGAAUGUUGAAGAUAUUUAUAUGUUACAGCAACAAUUUAGUAACAUGUGAGUUUAAUAUUAUUUGCCCCUUUUUUUUUAAUAAUUAGGAGUCACAUAUUAAAGAGUUUCCCAAUUGGAUACUCUUAAUUAUUAUUUGUGUCAUUAUUAUAUUAUACAUACACCAUGUAAUCUUAGGAUCACCUACACAUAACACAUGGGUUUUGUGAAAAAUGGGAAAAAAAAAAGAUAAGAAAAGAAAAAAGAGAGGGUAUAGUUUUAUUUGUGGAUUAUAAAUUUGUAAUUUUCUUUUUUUUAUUUUUUCAUUUUCAGAUUGGGGUAAAUUUAUAACUGGGAUUCAAAAGUUUAAUAUUAAUUCUUUGAAUUGAUCAUUUAUUAAUUAUAUGUUUUAUGAUUAUAGUAUGAUCGUAAAUUUACUACUUUUCUUCUAGUAUGCUUAUCAAUUCUGAACGUAUAUUUUAUCGCCUUGUACAUAUUUGAUCAUAUGCAUCACUAAACUCAAUCUGAUUAACAAUAAUAACAUUUUGUGAGUAAGAUUAUAAGUAUUUUAACAGACCG